AGCUGCAAUUCACAAAAGCCAACAACUCCUCGCACAAAGUUUCCCAACCUAUACAAUACCAACAACUCCGAACUCAAUACUCACGAUCGUUGACUAUCAUGGCGGAGGUCGGUUUCGCAAAUAAAGGCCAGGCUGCUAUCCAAGCCGGAGACUAUGCCACUGCUAUCAACUACCUCACGCAAGCUAUCCAGAUCUCCAAGUCACCGCUCUGGUUGACUUGGCGUGCGACUGCCUACCAGCGAACGAAACAGUACGAGCUCGCCCUUGCAGAUGGUGACAAUGCUGUCCUCGCAGCUAUCAAGCGUUCGAAGCGUGACUUGAUCGCAAACGCUCACUUUCGACGUGCAGUUGCCUUGCAUGGACUGAAACGAUACGGCGAUGCGAGGAUGUGCCUCCAUUGGGUCAAGGAAUAUAACGAGAAGGAGAAGGGCUUGACUAUCUGGCUUGCUAAGAUCAAGACCGACUACGACAAUGCGGGUGGUGACGAGGCGGAAUGUAAUCAGGUCACGGUGAAGAAGGUCCCAGACGAGGUCGAGGAUGUCUCGAAAGACACCAAACCGGCCGCAAAGGAGAAGGUAGAAGCUCCAGCAGUUGCUGCCAUACCUGUUGCACCGGCACAGACUCCAAAAGAGAAGAUCAGACAUGAGUGGUAUCAGUCUCCAACUACUAUUACCAUUGAGAUCUUCGCCAAAGGUGUACCAAAGGAAAAUACUGAAGUCAAGAUUGAAGCUGGAAGUCUCGAAGUCAGCUUCCCGCUUUCCGCCACGGACAGCACAUUUGAUUACACAAUCGAUCCAUUCUUCUCAAAAGUCGAUGUCUCUAAGUCGAGCCACCGGAUCACACCCCACAAGAUUGAGAUCGUCCUCCACAAGUCUACACCGGGUCUCAAAUGGUCUGCGUUGGAAGGUACCGAUUUAAUCCCCAGCGAACCCGUGAAGGAGGACACAAAGGCGGCUGUUCAAUUGCCAAAGCAAGAGACUGCGCCGGUCUAUCCCACGUCCUCGAAGUCUGGACCCAAGAAUUGGGACAAGCUGAUGGGUGAAGAAGAUGAUGAUGAUGGAGAAGGCGAGGAUGUGGACCGUUUCUUUAAGAAACUUUACAAAGGCGCCGAUCCUGAUACUAGACGGGCUAUGAUGAAGAGUUACCAAGAGAGCAACGGUACUUCUUUGAGUACGAACUGGUCAGAUGUCGGAAGCAAGACUUUUGAGACAAGCCCACCAGACGGAUUGGAGGCGAAGAAGUGGGAGUCUUAGGCUUUCAAAACUCUCGGGUCAUGGCGACGGAUAUUUUGCAGCAUUGCAGGGGCGUUUUUGAGCUACCUUUUACGAAGUUAAUGACACAGGUAGCGACCAUCUAGCAGGCGUACAAAAGUAUGAGAGAUACCUGACUGAAACGCAUUUCUUUUGAAAGUCCAC